AUGGAUGAAACCCUCUCUCCAGAACCAGACUCAGAAGUUCCAAAAGAACUCAGGCCAGAAGGUCAGGCAUCCAAAAGAAGGAAGGUGGUUCAUGAGAAGACUGUUGUUACAGUGAAGAUAGGAACAAAUGUAGGGAAACUAAAGAACGAAGGGCCGCCUUCUGAUUCUUGGUCAUGGAGGAAAUAUGGGCAAAAACCUAUCAAGGGAUCACCUUAUCCAAGAGGCUACUACAGAUGCAGUACAUCAAAGGGUUGUUCUGCCAAAAAACAAGUGGAGAGAAGCAAAACUGAUGCUUCAGUGCUCAUAAUCACCUACACUUGUAACCAUAAUCAUCCAGGCCCUGAUGUCUCCACCACUAACUUGACCCAAUUGCAACCCAGCACUGAAGAUCAUAAUCUCCCAGCCCUACUUCCCAAACAGGAAGAGCAAGAGAAAGAGCCAGAGAAAGAGCAAGAAGAAAAACAAGGGAAACUAGAAGACCAUCCUGCAAUGAAAAGUGAUCAUGAAGAUCAUUUUCACUACAUUCAGUCCCCAAUUAGAUCUUCCCAAAAUAUUAUGAUUGACCAAGAAGAAGACCCUUUCCUAGAGAAAACCCAUGUCUCUAGCACUCUUGGGUUCCUGUUGGAUGAAGAGCCCCUCUCUUAUUCCCAGCUCAUGAGCUUCUCAACACCCAAAUCUGAAGAAAAUGACUUCUUUGAUGAGCUUGAAGAACUACCCACAUUUUCAUCUUUCCCAAGCUUCAUGAGGAGCAAUCUCUCCCUUGAAAGGAUUCCCUCUGUCCCCUCUUGA